AUGUUGACCGAUUACGAUCGCCGUAAACAGAUCAGUGUCCGUGGAAUAGCGCAGGUGGAGAAUGUGAGCAACAUCAAGAAGGCUUUCAACAGACAUCUCCACUUCUCCAUUAUCAAGGUUUGUUCCCACAAUAAUGAUGAGAGAUCAUUUCUUCACGCCGUCUCUAGGCGAAAUAUGGGAUGCGGUAAUAGCACUGAGGGAUACCUCCUUACUUAA